ACGGAUAUAAAUGAAUUUAUUACACUCAAUCAAGUUGAUUGUCUUAACCUAAACGAAAAUCACGUAACUAAGAGUAUUUUCACUAAAGGUGACACAUAUAUUGAAUCAGAUGUUGAUGAACAGCUCUUGAUAUCUGUUCCCUUUAAUCAAGCUGUUAAACUUCACUCAAUAAAGCUUGUCGCGAAGGAUAUUGAACAAGCUCCAAAGACGAUCAAACUUUAUGCUAACAGAAUCAAUAUCGGCUUCGAUGAAACGGAUUCUACCGAGGAGACACAAUUACUCCAAUUGACUCCGAAAGAUUACGAAGAAAAUGCUAUCAUCCCAUUAAGAUUUGUUAAGUUUCAAA